AUGGACGACUACGAAAUCCAGCUCGGCGUCGAUUGGGGCACCUGGAAAUGUGCCAUCUCCUACGCCUUGAGCCACAGAGGAGAGCGCGUGGGCUCAGUCUCGCCCGUCCUGAUGUCUGGCAUGGCUCACGAAGUGCCAAUGAUGGCUACCUGGCACGACGGCAAAUUCGUCCACGGCUUUGCGCUCGAGGCACUCGCCGACAAGAUUCCGGACGUCGGAGACAAGAUUAUCACCUUAUUCAAACUGCCACUCUACCGAGACGAAGAGACGUCGGACAUCACGGCCACGGUGCAGGACAUUCUCUCGGACCUUCCUGGGGAUAAGACACUCGACAUGUUGAUCGCGGAGCACCUUCGAGCCGUGGUAGGAGAGGCGAAAGAAGCCAUCUGCCAGUCUGAAGAGCUUAUGAAAUUCAACAAGGAUGAGCUUCAUCAGCUUCUUAAGCGUGCUCGUGUCCGCGUCACUGUUCCGCAGAUGUGGACUCUCGAUGCCCGCCGGAGGAUGCAGAUUGCAGCGAAGAACGCGGGUCUCAAUCUUGUGACUCUGGCUUCGGAGCCAAAGUGUGCCCUUGCCUAUCUGGUCGACAAGAUCGCUCAGCAGAAGAUCCCUCUCAAUCGACGGCUGGGCAAAGGAAGUCUGUGGAUGGUUGCCGAUCUGGGCUCUGGCACGGGAGACUUCGUUGUAUACACGCUGUUAGACACUCUUAGCAUCGACAGCCAUCUACGACCCGUCGGUCACGCAAGUGGAGAUCUAUGCGGCUCUUCAAAGGUGGAUGAACUUCUGUGGCACACUUUGGUCAAGCGCGAAGGUGGUGAUCAGUGGGCAGAUGAAUGUGCCGAACGACUUCAGAUCUCGACGCGAGACUUCGAGCGUCGCUCACGGAGAGCAAUUGAGAGGGCCAAGAGCAAGUUAUGCGAUCGGGGAUACUACGUCGAGACCGUACAGGGCGUAGGCCGUCGUCAUGUAGCGAUCAGCUUCACCAAGUAG